CUUCGUGUGGGCGGUCGCUCCUGGGAGGCCUACCUGUGCCGCGCAACGACUCGCGGCCGAAGCUGAACAAGUGGUUCCACUACGCGUCGGUGUCGCUGAGAAUCGAGCCCAGCAACAACACGGCCACGUGGGCGUUCAAGGAGCACUCCGACGUCGACUGGCGGGCCAACCUGACUGCCGUUGUUGAUCAAGACUCACCUAGUAUCUGCAGUUCCUGCUGGGCCUUCGCAGCGGCCACAGCCAUCGACGGCGCGCUGCUGGGUUUCGGCAUCCAGCCGCCGCAGCGCGUGUCGGUGCAGCAGAUGCUGACAUGCGGCAGCGGCGAUUGCGAGGGGGGGUUCACCACGGAUGCGUUUGAAUACGCCAUCGGCACAGCCGCUGGUUUCCAACCGGUGGUGGUGCACGUGGAGGCGGACCAGGACUGCUUCCUUGACUACAACGGGACGUACAUCUUCACGGAUAAGACGUGCUUCGCCAACCGCAUGGUGAACCACGUGGUGCUGCUGGUGGGGUACCACCUGGAGGAGGCGGGGAAGCCGGGGAGCUUCUUCAUUCUGAGAAACAGCUGGGGAACCACCUGGGGCGACCAGGGCCACAUGAAAAUCGGCUUUGAGCGCUCGCCCUUUGGGUACUGCGGCAUGUGGAGUGAACCGGGCUACUACCCCUUGCUGCCUGCCGUGCCUGGCAAGUGGUGUGCCGGCUUCCCAUGUGGCGCGGGGGCAUGCCACGACCCGCCUCUGCAGCAGUCGAAGCCGGGGGAGCCACCCAAGUCCUACAGCUGCGACUGCGGCAAGGAGCCGUUCCUCAUCCCCGCGGUGAACGUGGACGGAAGCGAUACCUGUAUAGUCAAGACGGUGUGCAUGCUGCAGAUGCAGAACCCGUGCGGCGCGGGCAAGUGCGUAGACGACGGCAUCGGUGGCUACAACUGCUCAUGCCCCGCCAACUACACCUCCACUGCUCGUCCGGACGGCACCGCCACCUGCAUUCCUCCGCCCAUCGCCUCCACCACGUACACAAUCCAAGAGGGCGACAGGUGUGACUCUAUCUGUGCCGCCAACAACAUCACCACCGAAGAAUUCCAAAAGAUGAAUAAGGCCAUCAACUGCAGCAGCAACCUCACAGUGGGCGUGACAGUCAAUGUGACGUCAGCAUCGGCUGUGAAGAUGUGCAUCAACUACUACACCGUGCAGCCGGACGACACGUGCACGUCAAUUGCCACCAAGUUUUCUCUCACCAACCUCACCGCUCUCAACCGUGCCAUUAACUGCAACAACCUCACAGCCACGCCACAGGUGUGCGUGGAGGAGGGUCAAGCCAUUCCCAAAGCCUCUGUCACCACAGUGUGCACGGAGUACUACACACUGAGCGCCACCGACACAUGUGCGAGCGUGCAGAGCACUUAUGGCCUCAAGGCGUCCGAGCUCUACAAGCUCAACCCCGGGCUCAACUGCAACAACCUCAUCGACUACUCCGACUCGUCGCUCUGUGUAGCACAAGCCAAGUUCGGCGCCUCCAAGUGCAGCAAGCGGUACACAGUGAAAUCCGGCGACACGUGUGCGUCCCUCAUCUACAAGUACUUCCGCGGGAAGACCUCGUACGUGAGCAAGCUCAACAGCGGCUACGUGUGUACGUCGUCCACGCUCUACGUCGGGCUCUCUCUCUGCGUCUACAACUUGUAACCACCUCCACUGCCACCGCCACCGUGUUUACUUCAUUAAUAUCUCGUGUGUCAGCUCACUCAGCAGUAGCUGCGCCUGCUCCUCCGCUCUCGAUGUCGGCUUCUCGCUCUGCGUGUACAACUUGUGGCCGCCGGCGCCCGGUUGUGUUUUGAUAGGCGUAAUACUUCUGCUUGUACUGUACGUAUGUAGUAUAGUAUGUAUGGCACCCGUUUUCCCCCACUGAGAUGGUAAGCCGUCGCCAGCGAGCAUGGAUUUUGAUUUGCACCUAUACGUAUUGUAGCCAAUUCAUUUGUAUUGUAGCCAAUUCAUUUGUAGCGUAGCCAAUUCCUUUGCGUUGUAGCCCUUUUCCAGUGCCAG